ACAAACAAUAACCAGUGUUUCGUUAAAGUAUUAUUGAAAAUAGCAGGCACGUUAUAUUAUCAGGACAUGUUACAAUGAUGCCGAUAAAGGAUAACCAGGAUGUGGCAUGCUUUCUGGUCACCAAACACUCGUGGAAGGGGAAGUAUAAACGUAUUUUUUCGAUUGGAUCCAUGGGUAUUACAACGUAUAAUCCCACUACAUUAGAAGUCACAAAUAAAUGGGAAUACUCAGAUUUUAUAAGCGUGCAACCAACAAAUAGAAAUCAGUUGGGUUCUCAUGAAUUUAGUAUAACAAUGCGUAAAGAACGUAAAGUUGACAAUAUGAAAUUUAGUUCAGAGUAUAGAGUUCAUUUACUAACUGAAGCUCUCAAGUAUAGAAAUCAAUUUGUUGAGAAACCUAAAGAAAUUUUGAGGUAUCAAGCUUACAAACAUCAUUGGUCUGACACAAGAUUACCUGUUGUACUAGAAGUGACACCAUAUAGUCUUGACCAAUUAGAUCCAGCAACUAAUAUGGUAUUGGCUAGUUAUUGUUACAAAGAUUUUGAAGGAGUUGCUACAAUGAAGGAUUAUCCUAAUGGAUUUGUAAUUGUAUGUGGAGGAUUCGGACGUUUACAUCUUUUUGCUUCUCAACAUAUGGAAGAAAUUAAAAAAAAGCUGCUGGAAUCAGCUAUGAAUAACUUAGGUAUCAGCAUAAAAGUUUUGAAAGAACCAAUCAAACUAGAUGACUUUACUGCUCAAAGAUUGGGAAAGUUUAGUGGUGAUGAACAUAUAACAAGUGUGUCAGAAUUCACUGUUCACAAAUAUUCACCUAGACAUAUAGAUCCUCAAAGAAGAACUCUUUGUCUUUCGGAUACUUGUUUAUUGGAGAGAGAUCCUCAGACAUAUAAUGUUUGUACUCUUAGACCUUUAUCAGAUGUUUUUGCUUUGAUUCGUGAUAAUGAAAAUCCACAACUAUUUACUAUACAGUACCUUAAUGGUCAAACACGUAGUUACACUGCAACAGACAGAGAUUCUUUAUUAGCUUCCUUGUUAGAUGGUGUUAGAGCAUCUGGUAACAGAGAUGUUCAUGUUAGAAUGUAUCCAAUAACUAGAGGGAAACGACUUGGACCUCUUAACUUACCUGUUGAUGAGGAAGUUGAAACAUCUCAUGUAAAGUUUCUUCAGCAACCUCCAAUUGGACGUACUUUUGCCGAAAUCUUGGAAAGAUUUAAUGCAAACAUUCCCUACAGUGGUCUUAAUUAUUCUAUUACACAAGAUGCUGUUGUACCGCUUGAAUGGACUGUAACAACGUUACAACUUCGAGUAUACCAUAUGAUGAAUAACUACUUACAGGGUCUUUUUACCGAAAAUAAAGAUAAAAUUAUUCUUGGAGCUUUAAAUGCACUGGUUAAUAAAGAAUUAGAAACAAAUGGGGAAAUAGAAUCACAGUUUCAUGCUUUAAGAAGAUUGGUCGCUAGUAAAAUUGGUUUCACUGCAUUUACAACUCUUCCUGGAUUUAGAGAAGCUAUUGGACAUAAAGUUGUAAAAGCUCUGAAAAGACAAGAUUUUGGUGUAACACAAGCUGCUAUAGAUUGCAUUUGUGCUCUUAUGCAACCUAUGCACGAUGAUUGUGAUUUGAGACAAGAACAAUUAAAUAAAAGUAGUCUUCUGAGUAGUAAUAAAUUCUUGGAAAGUUUGCUGGAUAUGUGGAUUAAUCAUAUUAAUCAUGGCACAGGUGCUUUGGUAGUUUCUGCCAUGCUUGAUCUUCUAACAUUUGCUCUGUGUGUACCAUAUAGUGAAACUACAGAUGGCAAACAUUUUGACAACCUCCUAGAAAUGGUUGCUGCAAGAGGGAGGUCUCUUUUUAAACUGUUCCAACAUCCUUCUUUAGCUAUUGUCAAAGGUGCAGGAUUAAUAAUGAGAGCAAUUAUCGAAGAAGGAGCUCCUGAGGUUGCAGCAAAAAUGCAAGAGCUUGCUCUUGCUGAGGGAGCUUUACCAAGGCAUCUGUUAAAUAGUCUUUUUACUAUUGGUACUGAUGGUAGACUGUUAACACACAGACAGUUAUGUAGGCAUCUUGUAGGACUUUGGGUAACAGGACAUCCUACAGCUAUGGGCCUGUUGAAAAGGAUCAUGCCUAUUGGUUUAUUAAAUUACUUAGACUCUGACGGGAAAGUGCCCGAUUCGUUUCUCGAGAAGGAAAGAUUAAACAACCGUGACAAUUUAAAAAUAGCUAUAGAUCACGCAUCGAAAAAUAAGAAAAGUCCACAGUGGAUUGCGAUCGAGCGUCAAAUGCGUGUAGUUGAGAAACAUGUUGAGCAUGCUCUUCAACAUUGGGGGGCUAGAAUUGGUAUCGAGCGCAAAGAGAAAAUCAAAGAGCGUCCCAUAGUAUUGCGAAAACGCAGAGAAAGGAUCAAGUCAGAAGCAAAUUGGAAUUUGUUUUAUUAUAAAUUUAAUCAAGAUCACUCACUGCCGAAUUUAAUUUGGAACCAUAAAACACGAGAGGAGUUGAGAACAGCUCUUGAAAAUGAAAUUCGCGCAUUCAGUUCUGACAAAGAUUUGGCAGGUGGGACAUUGAUAGCCUGGAAUCACAGAGAAUUUGAAGUACAGUACCAAUGCCUGUCGGAUGAAGUAAAGAUUGGCGAUUAUUAUUUGAGACUUUUAUUGGAGAAAGAUAGCCCAGACAGUCCAAUAAGGAAAUCGUAUGAAUUUUUUAAUGACUUGUACCAUAGAUUCAUAUUAACAACAAAAGUUGAAAUGAAGUGCCUUUGCUUGCAAGCAAUGACUAUAGUAUAUGAACGAUAUUACGAAGAUACUGGUCCAUUUUCGGAUACAAAAUAUAUUGUAGGAAUGCUGGAACGUUGUACGGAUAGAAUGGAACGCGAUAGACUAGUUAUGUUCAUAAAUAAACUUAUACUACAUAGAAGAAACGUAAAAGAUAUUAUGGAUCAAAACGGAGUACGCACAUUAGUAGAUCUUUUAACUCUGGCUCACUUACAUACAUCUCGAGCUGUUGUACCUACGCAAACCAAUGUAAUAGAAGCUGGUCCUCAGCAACAGCAAAUUAUGGAAAAAGAAUGGUAUUACAAUGAUGGGGAUCAACGAAAAGGUCCUAUUAGUUUGAAAGACCUGAAAGAGUUGUAUAUGACAAAUCAAAUCACAUACAAAACAAAAGUUUGGGCACAAGGAUUAGAUGGAUGGCGGAUGAUCUCACAAGUUCCGCAGUUAAAAUGGACGUUAGUCGCGAGAGGAACACCAGUAAUAAAUGAAAGUGAAUUAGCAACCUUAAUUCUAAAUAUUUUAAUCAAAAUGUGUGAAUAUUUUCCAAGCAGAGAUGUUGAUGACGCGGUAAUCAGACCUCUACCGCGCAUGAAGCGGUUACUAUCUGACCUUCAGUGCCUACCUCAUAUCGUUCAACUUUUAUUAACUUUUGAUCCGGUUUUAGUUGAGAAGGUAGCUACUUUAUUAUGCGAAAUAAUGCGGGAUAAUGCUGACGUUUCGAAAAUUUAUCUUACUGGUGUAUUUUACUUUAUAUUAAUGUAUACUGGUUCCAACGUUCUACCAAUAGCAAGAUUUUUACAAUUAACUCAUACGAAACAAGCUUUUAGAAAUGUUGAUAACGUGUCAUCGGAUAUUAUGCAACGUAGCAUUCUUGGACAACUUUUACCUGAUGCGAUGGUUAGUUACUUAGAAAAUCAUGGCGCUGAAAAGUUUGCGCAAAUAUUCCUUGGUGAUUACGAUACACCCGAAGCCAUUUGGAACGCUGAAAUGAGGAGAAUGCUUAUCGAGAAAAUAGCGACACACAUCGCAGAUUUUUCUCCAAAAUUAAGAAGUCACACCAUGGCUAGAUAUCAGUAUAUUGCUAUACCUGCUAUACGAUAUCCACAAUUGGAAAAGGAAUUGUUCUGUCAAAUAUUUUAUUUGAGACAUCUUUGUGAUACCGUCAGAUUCCCACAGUGGCCUAUUCCUGAACCAGUGAGGUUACUGAAAGAUGUAUUAGAUGCAUGGAAAAAAGAAGUGGAGAAGAAACCACAAUUGAUGACAGUGGAUGAAGCUUAUAAAGUUCUUCAGUUGACAAAUGAAAAACAACAUAAUGAAGCUGAAGUUAGAAAAUCAUAUUAUAAACUCGCACAAAUGUAUCACCCUGAUAAAAAUCCACAAGGCAGGGAUAAAUUCGAAGCUGUUAAUCAGGCAUACGAAUUUCUAUGCAGCCGUAGUUGUUGGUCAACUGACGGUCCGAAUCCUGAUAACAUAGUGCUUAUUUUAAGAACACAAAGCAUUCUCUUCCAUAGAUAUUCUGAUGAACUUAGACCUUAUAAAUACGCCGGUUAUCCGCAAUUAAUCAAAACAAUUAAAUUAGAAACCGACGAUGAACAAUUGUUCUCAAAAUCUGCGCCACUGCUGGCUGCUGCUAGCGAACUUGCAUAUCAUACAGUACAUUGUUCUGCUUUGAACGCAGAAGAACUUCGCAGAGAAGGAGGACUAGAUGUUCUGUUAGAGGCAUAUACGCGAUGUGUUUCCGUUUUAAAUAAAUCGAGUAAAUCUACUGAUAUAGCAGUGCAAGUGUGCAUGCAUAUCACUAGAUGUUUCUCGGUUGCUGGGUCGUUUAGAGGCUGUAAAGACAAAAUUAUUGAACUACCACAACUAGUUAAAGAUCUCUGUAGAAUAUUACAUUUCAAGCAUUUAACAAAGUUAUGUUCAGUGGCUACAGAGUGUGUCUCUUCUCUUGCCGCAGACAGUGUAUUACAAAUGCAACUACUACAAUCUGGUGCUCUAUGGCAUUUAUUGUUAUUUAUGUUCAAUUACGAUUAUACUCUAGAAGAAGGAGGUGUUGAAAGAAACCAGGAGGAAAAUCGUCAGGAAGUGGCAAAUAAUUUAGCUAAACUAGCAGUUAAAACUUGCGCUAGGUUGGGUGGUUAUAUGACAGGAGAAAAUGAAACGCCUGUUAAUCCUGUCACGGUUGCUGCUUUAGAAAGUCUAUUAACUCCUUAUCUUGUGAGACAACUUGCAAAAGAUAAACCAGAGGAAAUAUUGAAAAUCCUCAACUCUAAUUGCUCAAAUCCAUACUUAAUUUGGGAUAACGGUACAAGAGCUGAGCUGAACGAAUAUUUGGAAAUUAAAUGGCAAGAAAAAUUGAAUGGCAGCGACAUUAUGGAAUACGAUUUCAGUGAUUUUAAAUAUAGCGCUCAUGCUGAUGAACUUAUUAUUGGAGAAAUAUUUGUGAAGAUAUACAAUGAGCAACCCAAUUUUCCAAUAGAGAAUCCAAAAAGUUUUACGAUCAAUUUACUCGACUUCUUAUCUGAAUCGUCGAAAUUCGUAUCCUCAGUGGGAAAUAUAGCAUUAAACAAGAAAGAUCAAGAGAAACUGGAACAUAUUGUUAUGUCUCUGGAAGCUUUAAGGAACGUAAUAAAAAAUAAUCCGGGAAUCGAAUUACAAUGUAUAGGACACUUCAAGUUAUUAUUCGGAUUUUUAAGUUGUAAUAAUUUUAAAUUGAUUCAGAAAAGCGCACUCGAAGUAAUUAGUAAUGUUACAAAGAAUCAAGAAUGCGUUGACGAUAUCGCAGCGAAUGAAGUUAUAGUGCACUUGUUGUUAGCUUUAAACACUUUAAAAGAAUCUCAGCUACUUGCACUAGAAACGUUGUAUGCUCUUAUGAGUUCUACGAAGAUCGUGAAAGAUGCAUUAUCUAAAGGUGCUGUUGUAUAUGUUCUUGAUCUAUUUUGUAAUUCAAGUAAUACUCAGAUACGCGAAGCAGCAGCAGAACUACUUGGUAAAAUGUCGUCUGAUAAGUUAGCUGGGCCAAAGGUGAAAUUAGAUCUGUCGAAAUUUUUACCUAGACUCUUUAGCGAAGCUAUCAGGGAUGCUCCUAAACAAUGCGUACAUAUGUUUGAAACGAAACAUGAGAAUCCUGAAUUGAUCUGGGACGACAUUGCCAAAGCUAGAGUUUCAAGGAUUGUAACUGAAUUGAAAGAUGAAUAUUACACAUUGCAAAGAAGAAACCCUAAUGCAAUAUUAAAGUUACCUGAUACUCAGAGUAAUAUUGAUAUCGCAACAAAUGAACCUGUAGUUGGAGGUGUAUAUCUUAGAUUAUUUAUAGCCAGCCCUGCGUGGGCUGUUAGGAAACCUAAGGAAUUUUUAAAUGAACUUAUGGAUACAACAUUGGCACUCAUGUCGAAAGAGAAAACUGAUCCGGAUAUGUUGGAGUUAACGACGCAAGCAUUAGUAUGUUUACUUCAAACACAACCAACUUUAGCAGAUCAAGUUCCAUCAUUGGGUCACAUACCUAGACUUUGUCGACAAAUGGCAAUGCAAAACAAUCAACCAUCUGUGUACAAAACUGCAAUACUAAUACUUCAUCAAUUAGCUACAAGUGAAAUCUGUAUAUCUUCUAUUUGUCAAACCGAGUGUAUAAGUCCAUUAAAACAUGCCAUGCAAUCUAGACGAGACAUGAUAGCAAUAGCAUGCGAGACGUUAAAUAGACUGUUUUCAACUAACGAAGACAGAUUAAUAAAACAGGCACUGGAUGCUGAAAUGGUACCUUAUUUGUUAAAUAUAUUGGAGGGACGGUUGGAUGUUAUUGAAAAUCCUGCAACAACUAAAGCCCAAAUAGUUAAAGCAUUAAAAGCCAUGACUAGAAGCUUAUUGUUAGGAGAGAAAGUGAAUGCUAUACUAGAGAAAUCAAGUGUCUGGGCAGAAUAUAAAGAUCAACGGCAUGAUCUAUUUAUUUCUAACACAGCCAAUUCUGGAUACCUUACUGCUGGAACACCGGUGUCUGCUGGUUAUUUAACGGCCGGUCCAAGUACCACUGUAACCACCGGUCCACCACCAGUCGACAAAGAAGAUAGUUUAAUUAGUAGGAACGAUAGUAUCUGAUAUAGAUAGCAUCGUAAGUAAAAAAUAAAAAAUAAAAACAAUAGGCAACAAGAAUGCCAGGUUUGAAAAUUCCUAUCAGUGAAAGGGUACUGAUAUAAAGACUACAUUGCCUGUGAUUUUUGGCUCCUUUAAAGUAAGGAAUUUAUGAAUCGAAUAAUGUUUUUCUUUUGUUAAAUUUACAUUUAUAUUAAGAUUAUCCUAAUACAAAGAUACUUUUUAUUACACUAUAUAGACAGAUUGUAUAAUUACGUAGGGUACGUCAUUCUUUACAGGCGACAUCAACGCGUGGCAAAAGAUAGUAUUCAAUGAAAGUCUAUUACUAAAAAAAAAAUUUUUUCUAGGAGAAAGAAGUCCUUCAAAUCAAAUCUACCCCUUGUCUAUUCUAGUUUCAUUUUUGUAAUUAGCAAACCGUUUUCCGACAUAUUUUUAAACAUUUGUAAAAUUAGUUCAACUUUUCAACUAGAGUUCCAUGCAUCAAAUGAAGUUUUUUAUUACUUCAAUCACUACCACCAUUACAUAAAAUGAGUUAAAAAUAAUAUAUUGUAUGUCACUUAAAUAAUAUAUCUUCAUGGACUGAUAGCAUUUUUUCGAUAUAACAAAAUGCUUUCACAUCUCUCUCAAGAAUCAUUAAAAAAUUCGCGCCGAAAUCGAAUCCAUUUCACUAUUUCAAACAGAUUUUUAAAAAAGUAUACAAUUUCUUUAUUAAUGUUUGUAUAUUUUCUAUGGUUAUCGAUAUUUUUUUUUCUCAGCGACGUUUUCCAAAAAAAAACAACCAUAUAAAUCUUGAUAUAUUAUUACGAAAUGUUUUUAAAGGAACAUAGUCUUAGGAGACUAGGGAAGUUGAUACAAUUUAAACACGAUGUUUACCCAUUACGUUCUUUUCUCUUGAAAUGUUGUAUACAUAUUAUAAUUGUACUUUGUUAUGAAUCGUUAUUAUUUUUUUUUUUUU